AUGCCUUGCGCUUGUACAUGCAACACAAAGGGAUUGGCCCUUGGAGGUGGAUUCUUGGCUGCUGCUGGUCUGACUCUGUUCAUUCUAUCACUGGCAAUGUUCCCAGAUAACAUCAGGAACCUCUCAGUAUAUGAGAUUGCAAAGAAUGUCAUAGUCACAUCAAAUUCCAGUAUAUUCUACGAUAGAUGGGCUGGACAAUUAUGUAGAGACAACGUCUACACUCAAUACUAUUAUGCCUACAACAUGACGAAUGCCGAUGAAGUAUUAAAAGGAGGAGUACCAAAUUAUAAACAGGUCGGUCCAUUCAUUUAUAGGUUCUAUUAUGAUUAUGAGAAUGUUACAUUCUCAGAAGAUCAGAAUGAGGUCACCUAUGGAGUAUUGAAGAGAUACUUCUUCAAUGACAGUCUGUCUGCAUAUCCCGAGGAUUCCAUGAUCACCAACAUCAAUCCUGCAUUCCUUGGUGUCAUGGCUGGCGCGCCCGACAGCAGCAUCUUCACAAUGGCAGCAACGCUCCCUGCCACAAAUUCAUUCAUGGUAUACUUCAACUCGCCAGACUUUUUCAACUUUACAAUGGGCUUCAAUGGCAUCGAAUCAUUCAAUACCCAAUUGAAUGUGUUGCUGACAGAGAGCGGCAUCAACAUGACUACGUACUUGACAAGCUGGGCCAACGCAACUGCUGAUCCAACACCAGGCAAUUGGAAUGGAAUGCUCACCAGCCUCGACGGCACUCCCAGCGACAUCUCAAUGUCUGCGGCAGAGAUCAUCUUUAACGCAUCAUCUCCAUUGUCUUUGCUCAACAGUAAGCAGGGCAUGAUCACAUGGUACAACGCUGCCAAUGGUGAGAAGACAUCGAUCAACGCCAUCCUCAUUGGUACCGGCAUCACCCAGACCCAACUCCAGAUCGUUACCGAAUGGUGGUACUACACCUUUGCCAUGGUCUACACUCAGCCACAACUCCUUACCAAAUGUGGAAUCACUGAUCCAAGCAUGAUUGGUUUCUGUCAGUUGCACAAUGCCACCGCAUUGAACUACAACUCUGUAUCAAAGUAUCACAUUGUAAACAACAUGUUCCCACCAUUUGAUGACACUGCCCCAGAGAUUGUUGGACUUGUGAACGCGACGAUCCAAGAGUUCUACACAAUGUUCUAUGAGUCUGGUAACAACUCGCUCAGCACAAUCAAUGGCGCUUCGGAAUUCCUCAACUAUGGCUUUGGAAGAUCGCCAAACCUCUGGAACAUAUCCGAUGAUGAUGCGAAUGCCAUCGGCGACUACUUUGCCGAGGUCGGCAGCUUUGUCCAUGACCAGCUCCAGGAGAUCUUUUUGAACAACGGUGGUCUGCUGGCCACCAAGAAGGUCAGCGACUGGCUGUGGAACUGCAACGACCCGCUGCUCAACUUCAUCAGCAACGACAGUCCGUGCGGCCUGCAGUUCAACAACUCGAUCAACCUGCCCACGACCGUCUACACGGGCAAGAAGGACAACACGCUCAACAACUUCAUCCUCAAGUGGCAGGAGCAGGCCGACCUGCAGUACUGGGCCAACCCGGUGCCCGUCAACGCCUACUCAGAGAACGGCCAGUUCGCCACCAACGAGGGCGACACCAUCCUGCAGAACUACACCAUCAUGGAGGAGAACAUCUACCGUCCCAUCACCAUGGUGUACACCAACGAGACCGAGUACGCCGGAAUCAAGACUCACCGCUACUACCUCAUGAACGACAGUUUCGCCGCCAACCCAACCUAUUACACCAAGGUCGACGGUUUCACCAACCUCACCUGGCUGCAGAACGACGUCCCCACAUUCGUCUCGCGUUGGGACAUGUACGAGGUGCCUAUCAGCGUGUCCUCGCGUGUCAUUGGCCAGAACCCCUCGUACGAGGAGGCCGCCUUCCCCAUCGACGUCGAGCCCAGGUCGGGCAACUCGUUGUUCUACAACAUCAAGCUCCAGAUCAACUUCCUCUUCCCCAACGGCUCGAACAAGUGGGACACUACGUUCAACAUGUACAACGACAUCAAGACCGACGUGUACAUGCCCUCGUUCAAGGUCGGCCUCAGCGCCCAGGCCUCUGACUACACCGUCAACAACCUCAAGUCGCAGUUCAAGCAGCUCCACGUUCUCAAGGUCGUCCCAGUGGUCGUCUGUGCUCUGUUGGGCUCACUGAUGUUUGUCGGUGGCUGUGUCAUGGCCGCCAUUGGUACCAUCCGCUGGAGAAGAAAGGAUUACCGUUUGAUCAACGAUUAUUAG